ACUCCCUCCGUCCAAAAAAGAAGUUCCCGGUUUGACCCGGCACGCACUUUAAGAAAAGUUGAAAUUGUCUUUGACUUUCCCAUAUUACCCUUAUGCCUACUCUCUUCCGAUCCUCAAUCCUCACUUCCUUCUGUGAACCCUCAUACAUCUCCUUCAACCAUUAUUACCAUAAAAAUUAACUUUCUUACACAUAAAAUUAAAUUGAGGAAUUGGGGAAAUCUGGAAAAUUUAUAGUUAGAACUAUGAACAAAUAUGGGAAGCUUUGGGAAAAAAGAAAAAUUAAAUGGGCGGAGGUGAUGGAGAUUAUACUACAUUAGACCUGUCCGGAUCCGGCCGCCACACACCUCCGACCACCGCCUCGGUUUUCCGGUGCUCCCAAUCUUGGGUGACGGGAAAAAAUAAGAAGGGGAGACAUUAGAUCUGUUCGGAUCCGGCCGCCACACCCCUGACCACCGCCUCGAUUUUCCGCUNGGUGAAGAAAAAAAAAGAUAAGGGAGAGAGAGAAUGGAGAAAAAAAGAUAAGGGGAGAGAGUGAAUGAAGGGUAAUUAAGUUUUUUUAGUAUUAAAAACUUUCCAAAAAAAGAAAUGUGAAAUUUAUUCGUGGACUAAGUUUAUUUAUGCAGCGAACCGUGACUGUUUCCCCCCAGGUGCAUCGCUCAUUCCCCCUUAUUCUUCCUGAAGAAUCUUCGUCUUCUCCAACUCACAGAUUCUCUCGGCUCCCUCUCUUUAUUCAUCUCCCUCUUCUCUCGUAUAUGAUUCCCGUCUUUAAUUUCCUCUUCUCUACAAGGAACUGAUCUUAUUGCGGCAUAACAUAAUCGGAAAUGGCUUCGAUUCCCUCUGAACUCACCUUGGGUUGCAGGCCCGUCUUCGUUCCCAGAACGAUCAACGAAUUUCUCCGCGAAAUCUCGACGAUCGAUAGCUCAUCCGAUAGACUGUUCCGGAUCGAAGAUUAUGCGGCGAGACUUGAAGACGAAUUGCGGAAGAUCGAUGCCUUCAAGCGCGAGCUCCCUCUCUGCAUGCUCCUGGUCAAUGAUGCAAUCUUAGCCUUGAAAGUGGAAUCGGCACAGUGUCGGAAAUCAAGGGUUGAACCUGUACUGGAAGAAUUUCUACCACUGAAGAAGAGCUCUGAUGGCGAUGAUGAUGGCGGAGAUAGGACUGAGAUCAGGAAAGAGGGAGACAGUAGAGAAAAAAUGGAUUGGAUGAGCUCUGCAGCGCUAUGGCAUGGUGAAAACCAUUUCACCAAUAACAAAAACCGCCCUGACGCCGACCUUAGAAUGACAAUGGAGGAAGCAGAGAAUAGCACAAUAACCAAUGACCUAAUGGUCCCUUGCAGGAGUGGCAAUAUAGGGAAUGGAUUUGUAAUGCCUUUUAAGAGACUUUCUGGAUUUCCAACGACUACGAACGAAGACAAGAAGAUGAAGAAGAAGAGGAAAAUGCCAGAAGUAGCCGGGCUGACGCUCGGUACACCUGGUUUCAAGAACCCGAGUGAGGAUUUGAGGAUUGUUGGUUGCUGCUUGAGUAUUAACACUAACAUUAGUACCAAGGCUGCUGCAUCUUCCACUGCUUCUUCAAGCAAUAGUAGCAGUAGGAAGGAAAGAAGAUGUUGGUCCCCAGACUUGCAUGAGAGAUUCAUCAAUGCCCUGCAACAACUUGGGGGUGCACAAGUUGCGACUCCCAAGCAGAUUAGAGAGCUUAUGCAAAUUGAUGGCCUGACCAAUGAUGAAGUCAAGAGCCAUUUGCAGAAAUAUAGGCUCCACGCUAGGAAGGUUCCAUCGACGUCCCUAAAUCAUUCUCUUGCUGUGUUGGAGAACUUGUUUUUGCCCGCGAAGUGUGGGACCCAAUCUGGUUCUGAUUCUCCUCAGGGUCCUCUCAACCAUCAAGGAGGUGGCAUGGUAGAAGAAGAAGAAGAAGAAGCUGAUGACUGAAUUCAUCCCAGGAGAUGGCGAUGAUGAUGAUGAUGAUCAGGUUCUCACCAAAUUUUGCAGAUAAAAAAAUAGCAUAGACUUCAUCCCCUUCAGGCCACUCUGAUCAUCACUCAUCAUUUUAUAUAUAAAUUUCUGCACACAUGGAUUGAUCUUUAUCAGAGGAAGAGGGGGAGGAGAUAAAUUUUUGCAGGCUUAGAUUUUUCCUUGUGCUUUGAGUUGAUGAAUGCACGGUUCAUCAGCAUGAGAGUUGACGAAAUAUCCCUGUGACGGAUUCAUAGAAUAAUUCUCCAAAAGGUGAAUAAUUAUAUAAUAUUGCUCUGUUUUAUUUACCUCAAAACGAGUUCUUGGAUCUCUUU